UAAUCCCUGAGACGAACUACGCAGUGAACAUGCAAGGGGCGAGCAUCAAAGUGAAACCCGGUAGGUAGAAGUAAGCGGGACAAAGGAUUUAUUCGGCUGUGUAACGGUGUGAUCGACGCCGAUGGGCUGAAUGAAACUAAAUUAUGCUGUUGGUAGGUUUAGCGACGAUUAGUUCAGCUUAGCCAUCUGCUUUAGGGGCUCGGUUGUUGGGCUCGUCGCAUGAUUAACAGGCUGCGCAUUCAAUACGAUAUACGGAAAACGUCUUCCGCUCUUGAAUCUCAUAUUCCCUUCAAAUUUAUCCGCCAGAUAGCAGUGAUCACACGAAAAGAGGAAGAUAUAUAAACGGCUGGUAAUAAAGUCCUAGAGUACCUCAGCCAACAUGUCGGAAAACUCACCGCUACACUCUACAACUACAGCCACUACUGCUACACAUAAGCCCAUCUCGUCCACACUAAACAGCAAUGAGAGCAAUAACGUCAAUGAAAGAGCUAGGAUCACCGUACCGCCGUCCUCGGCCGCAGACGACGAAGCCCUCGUCCAAGCCUUAACGCUCCUCGUCAACGCAGUAUACAGCGAGGCAGAGCGCGGGAUCUACAGCACGCAGUUCGAGCGGACGUCGACCUCGGACAUCGCGGCGCUCCUACGCGCGGGCGAGCUCGCCGUGGCGUAUCUUUCACCAUUCGACGAAAACAGCGCCCCGACAGGAUGCAUAGCGAUGAAGCAGGCCGGGCCCUCGACCGGCGAAUUCGGGAUGCUCGCGGUGGACCCGGCGCACCGCGGAUCCGGGGUAGGGCGGGAUCUGGUAUUCUUCGCCGAGGACUGGUGUCGGCGGCGUCUCCUCGGGGUGCGAAACGCCGCUAUGCGCCUCGAGCUUUUAUUCCCUGUGCACUUCCAACACGAGGGGAAAUUGCGGCUGCAGGCCUGGUAUGAGAAGCUCGGGUACGUGCUCAUUGAGCUGCGCGACUUCGAGAAGGCGUAUCCAAGGCUGUUUGAGCUGCUUUCUGGACCUACUGAGUUUCGCGUUUACGAGAAGAAAUUGGAGUAUUGAGAUGGGAGGGAUAAAGGGGCAAGUGAGAGAAUUGGAUGCUAGCUGGAUUGGUGGGUUGGAUAGGAUGAUUCGGACUGGGAUAGCGGUGAUAUGUGAUGUGAUUGCUUGCAUUGAUAUAAAGAAUCAAUUAGAUGGUGUUCUCGACGUGGCGAGAUAAAUUCA